AUGUCUCUGAAGGUUCUUUUGCCAUUGCUGGCGCUUGCUGGCACCGGCCUGGGUUGGCAACACAAGACGGAUGCCGAAGUUCGUGAUGCUAUCGCAACUAACGAGUACAGCUUGAUUGCUUGUAAGUUAUACUUCCACGAGGCAUUACUGUUUGCGCUUAGCUCGAGAGUUUUGUUAACGUUCUGUACAGUUGUCGGCGUAACUUCAGCUAACACCCGUAGUGAUGCAGUGAAUGCCUUGGAGCCGCAUUGGGCCGCUGUCGAGGAUGCAGUUCCGACCGCCUUGUCUGUCAACUGCGAGGUGUCAUCCAAACUCUGCGCCGAUCUAGACGUCGCCUCGUUCCCUGCAAUCCGCUUUUACCGCCCCGAUGGAACCAAACAUCACUACCGUGGCCCUCGUAAAGGCUCAGAGAUCGGCGCUUUCGUCAACCGCAUGCUUCGACCUACUAUCACUCCCGUCGAAAAGGAGACCCUGUCCUCCUUCCGAAGCAGCGACGAUGUCGUCUUGAUCGCCCACUUUACACUAGAGGAGACUUCGCUGCGCGACCGAUAUGCCGACCUUGCCGAGCGCUUCCGUGACCGAUAUGCAUUCGGCUUGACGACCAUUCCCGAAUCACCCGGCCGAAUCGCGUGUUAUAACAAUGGCAUGGGGGCGAUGCACAUGUCUUCUGAGCUGGAGGAGCCGGACGCUAUGGAGAAGCUGGCUAAGAAAUGCGCUGCGCCGCUUGUGCCACGUCUGACCAGGCGUAACGAGGCGGAAUACAUGAAUGCCGGAAAGUCGCUGGUGUACUUUUUCGCGAGGGUCGAGCAGUACCUUGAUGCAUGGACUUCGGCCGUGGUUCCCCUGGCGAAGAAAUACCACCAAUACAUCACGUUUGUCACGGUGGAUUUGUCCGAAUACCCGGAGAUGCCCGCCAUGUUCGGGCUACCCAAUGGUAUUGAGGAUGCCGUGGCAUUGCAGAACCCGGCGACGGGUCAAGUAUUUCCUUUUACGGGAGAGAUCACCAUUGAUGCCGUCGAGGAGUUCAUUACCGACAUUUCAGAGGGCAAGGUUGAGCCUUGGGAUGGCAAGACCGUGCUUGAACUGGUUGAGGUAGACGAAGAGGAGGCAGAGAAGAACCCUGAGACAACUCAAGAAGAGUCAAAACCCAGCACUGAGAAGACCGAAGCAAAGUCAGAAGAGCAGGAGAGCAAGGGUCAUGAUGAACUCUAA